UUAUCAUUUUUAACAGCCACUAUACAAUAUAACAUCAUAUGAAGUUGGAUAUGGUUGUAUGUUAAAGCUUCAUGCACAUAAAGGUGAUGUAGUGGCACACAUAAAAUUAACUUAGACUAUCAAGACAAACAUGGAAUUCCCUUUCAAUGUAAAUGCUCUUUUACCUAACGAAAUUACAAUGAUACAAAGUAAAGAUGUCAGUGUUGGGACUAUCCGUCAUGCGUAUAACCAAGAGGGACAUGUUGAUUAUCAACUGAAAAAGAACCUGUCCAAAAUUGUUGACGAUAUUGGCUUAGCUUCUAGCAAGGCUCAGAAGUUACGUGGUGCCAUCACAAGCAGUUUGAAGUUAAAAAGCUCAGAUCAUCACUUGUAUAUUUUGAAAGAUGCUGAUUUUAAAAGUGGCAUUGGAUGUGUCAUUGGAAUUAUUAGAGUUGGUUACAAAAGACUUUUCCUAGCAGAUAUAUAUGGAGAGCUACAUGAAUGUCAGCCAUUGUGUGUUUUGGAUUUUUAUGUUCACGAAUCAAAACAAAGGUGUGGAUAUGGAAGUCGUUUGUUCAAUCACAUUAUAAAGACGGAAAAUGUUGCACCCCAUCAGUUGGCAAUUGACCGGCCAUCUGAAAAAUUUAUCAGUUUUCUUAAAAAGCAUUAUUUAUUAGACAAUCCAAUUUCACAGAUGAAUAAAUUUGUUGUUUUUGAAUCGUUCUUUAAAGAUCUGGCUGCUGUGGGAGGUGUUUUUAACAAUCGCAGACGAAGUGCUCCAGGACACAGAAAAAUGCAUUUCGCUGUUUCAGAGACUCGACAUUCUUCCAGUGCAUCGUUAGCUAGCAUUAAAUCUCGCCGAAUGUCCGGUAGAGCUGUUUCAAAUGAACUUUGUAAAUUUCAACUUGUGCCACCCAUAAAUCGAAGUGGACAAGGUAUGGAGCGUUCAGACGAGGUGAACAGUUCUGAACAGACUUCUCUGUUGACGUCACGACCGUAUCAUGCUGCGCGAAAAAUUGAUAAUAGUCGAUUGAGCUCGAGAAACGACUCUUCAUUGAGGAACUUUAGUCGACAUACCAAUAAUGCAUCAGCAAUUUCGUCGACAAUUAAAACUGAAACGAACCAAAAACGCACUGUGUAUAGUGGAAACACAAAGACCCACACACUUCUACAGCCAUCGCCAACGGAUAGAAAAAUGACGUCAUUAGAUAAUCCUUUUUCACCGGAAGCCCGCAAAACAGUAUUGACUUCCAACAGCAAAAAUGAAAACUACACGAUAAACAACAUAUUGAAUGACAUUAACACUAACAAGAGAACGCUGGGCACAGGAUGGAAUGUUUUCGGUGUUCCUCCCACCUCGCUCUCAUCUAACAAUCCAUAUUCAAGAAUCCAGAAACGAGGAUUUCCGUCUUAACGCCGUGAAAAUAUUCAGUAAGACAAGAUGAUUUGUCGUGGCUUAUUUGCACAUCAAGCGCACCGAAUAGUUAUCAUAACGGAUUUAAUCAGACACAUGAUAUAAAAA